CCGUUACUUCAUCUGUAAAAUGAGGUAAAAAUCGUCACAGGGUUAUUGUGAGGAUAAAGAGCCGACAUGUGUAAAAAGCGCCUGGCACAUCACUGCCCCUUAUACAUAAUAAGGGAGUCUUCUUCCUUUCCCUGAAUCCUUGAAGGCAUAUUAUUGUUGAGCAUGCAAUAAGCACUCAGUGGAGGUCUGCGGUGUGAUAUCCAAAAUUUACCUGGUCUUCUAGCAACGUCUUCUGAGAACAAAACUACUCAUCCCCUCAGGCCUUGGGGUACCACCCCAGUUUCAGUGCGUUGCCUAUCAACCUUGGGGUUGCUGGGGAUUGCAAUCCACGUGUCUUCUCCGAGCGCAGCUGGAGGCAGAUGCGUGGCUGUGGGCGGGGUGGCAUUCAUUCCUCGCUCGCUUUUCGCGACAGAUUGAUUUAAUCCCCGUGGGACUCAGUGGCUGGCGGCAUCCUGGGCUCCGCGGAUUGGCUGUCUCAGUUUGCCUCCGCCCUCCGUACCACCGCAUCCCAGGUGGCUCAGACCCCCCGCGGUGAUCUGUUUACCGAGAGGGCUCCUUCUCUGCACACACCCUCUCUGCGGCCCUGCCCGCCCAGGAAACAGGGAGAAACCAGGCAGAGCCAUUCCUCGUCCUUUCCCUCCCCACACCGCCCGGAGAGGUCGGGUAAGGGGUAAGGAGUGGGGGUGUGGGGAGGAGGGCGGGAGUCCCAGGCCAGGGGACUGUCGGCUGUCACUCAGUCCCAGCAACCUCGCGCGGACCCAGGAAUUCUAUCCCCAGGCCCAGCUCCUGCUCCCUCCGCCCCAGCCCUAUAGCGUGCUCAGGGUGACUUGCCCUCCCCGGGGCAAGCAGCCAGAAGCUGGGUCUCAGAGAUGCUAGAAGAGGCACAGACUUGGAAACUUCACUCACAGAUGUUCCCUCCUCCUCCAGACGGUGAUGAUGAACGCCAAGCCGGCCGGACCCCCAGACGGGGGCUGGGGCUGGGUGGUGGCGGCCGCAACCUUCGUGGUGAAUGCGCUCUCCUAUGGGUUGUUACGUUCCCUGGGCCUUGCCCUCCCUGACCUCGCGGACCACUUUGAUCGAACUGCUCAGGACACUGCGUGGGUCAGCGCCCUGGCCCUAGCCGUGCAGCAGGCAGCCAGCCCAGUGGGCAGCGCACUGAGCACCCGCUGGGGGGCGCGCCCGGUGGUGAUGGCUGGGGGCAUCCUCACCUCGCUUGGCUUUAUCUUCUCGGCUUUUGCGGGCAGUCUGCUGCACCUCUACCUUGGUCUGGGCGUCCUUGCUGGCUCCGGCUGGGCCCUGGUGUUUGCUCCUGCCGUCGGGACCCUCUCCCGGUACUUCUCCCGCCGUCGAGUCUUCGCUGUGGGGCUGGCCCUCACCGGCAACGGGGCCUCCUCACUGCUCCUAGCGCCUGCCUUGCAGCUCCUCCUGCAUACUUUCGGCUGGCGGGGGGCCCUGCUCCUCCUUGGUGCCAUUACCCUCCACCUCACUCCCUGUGGCGCCCUUCUGCGACCCCUGGCCCUUCCUGGCGACUCUCCAGUACCACCCCAAGGGCCCCUAGCUGCCCUCGGCCUAGGUCUCUUCACUCGCCGCUCCUUCUUAGUUUUUGCUCUGGGCACAGCCUUGGUGGGGGGUGGGUACUUCGUCCCUUACGUGCACUUGGCCCCUCACGCUUUAGACCAGGGCCUCAGGGGGUAUGGAGCAGCGCUGGUGGUAGCAGUGGCAGCAGUGGCGGAUGCCGGUGCCCGGAUGGUCUGUGGGUGGCUGGCGGACCAGGGCUGGGUGCCCCUCACGCGGCUGCUGGCAGUGUUUGGGGGUCUGACAGGGCUGGGGCUGCUGGCCGUGGGGCUGGUGCCGGUAGUGGGGACUGAGCAGGGCUGGGGGGGCUCCCUGCUGGCCACAGCUGGGGCCUAUGGGCUGAGCGCUGGUGGUUUCGCCCCACUGGUUUUCGGUGUGCUUCCGGGACUAGUGGGCAUCGAAGGUGUUGUACAAGCCACUGGGCUGGUGAUGAUGCUGAUGAGCCUUGGGGGGCUUCUGGGCCCUCCGCUGUCAGGCUUCCUAAGAGAUGAGACAGGAGACUUCACCACCUCCUUCCUUGUGUGCGGCUCUUUGGUCCUCUCUGGCAGCUUCAUCUACAUGGGGCUGCCUGGGGUGCUGCCCUGCUGCCAUCCAGCCUCAAGUCCAGCCACCCCUCCCCCUAAGACGGGGGAGCUGCUCCCCAUUCCUCAAGUUGCCCUGCUGUCCCCAGGAAACGCUCACUCCACUCUGGACACCACUUGUUGACCAUUUUCUUUUGGUUUAAGCCCAUCCCCUAAUAAAGAAUUUCUGAUUUUCCUGCAAGCUCCAAUUGUUAGCCAAUCUAGGACGCUGAAAACAUUCUACUUAAGAUAUUAAAAAAGGCUGGUUGAAAGAAACAGGAUCCCACUAAAUCUUGGAGAAGAGGAAAGGUAUCUAUCUGUUCAGCCAGUCCAUUUCUCUUUACCCUAGCUGUUGCCAGUAUAACAUGGAAUCUUUGAGAA